ACUUGAGUCUUGCAUUUUUUGUAUGCCAAUUGUUUGGUCUUGGUUUUGAGUUUUGUGAAUGCUUACUGUUAUAUCUAAACUUGGACCACGAGUGGCAUGAUUUAUAUGGUCACAUGCAUAUUCCUGGUGCUUGUAAAAUUUAUCUAACUUAUCUGCAGUCAUCUCUGAACGGAUCAGCUUCAAAUCUUCCAGACGAUACUGGGCGUUCUUUUGCUACAUCUUUUUCUGCUCAAUCUGGUGCAGCCUCCCCUGUUUUUCAUCACACAGGAACUAUUCAAGGGCUGCAUAACCUUCAUGGGAGCUUUAAUGUUCCCAACAUGCCUGGCACACUUGCAUCUAGAAACUCUACAAUAAAUAAUGUUCCUUCUAGUUGGGUUCAACAGCCAACUGGAAGCCUUUCUAGUGGACGUUUUGCAUCAAACAAUCUCCCUGUUGCCCUUUCUCAGAUAUCCCAUGGAAGCUCACAUGGUCAUUCAGGGGUGACAAAUAGAGGUGGAAUGAGUGUUGUUGGUAGCCCUAGAUUUAGUAAUAGCGCAAAUGGAGUUGGUGGUUCCAUUCCUGGAAUCAUGAGGGAAAUUUUUGUUUUUGAUUUACGUUAUUUUGAAUUGUGAACAACUUUCUGUAUUUAAACAUUGUGUAUGUAUUAUGCAAUAUUAUGUAGUGGGAUAAUUUUGCUAAUGUGUUGUAAUGAAUGAAUGCAAGAAUAUUUGUAUUA